CAAGACAGGCUACAAAUCAACGAUGAGGCCCACGCUCAACCUCUUUGCCAAGGCCUCGCGCCUGCCGCUCAACUCGAAGAAGGCUAACAAGGACUUCUACAAGGGAACAGGAACGGGGAAUAUCAUGCGGCGAAAGCGGCUGGCCGUAGCUAUUCGAACGACGGGCGAGCAACUGUACGACGAGUUCGACAGACCACGGACGUGGAAUCUCAUGACGCACCGGCUCGACGAGGCUCGCAUUCCGUCGUACAUUGUGCCACCCGGUAUGGCUGACUCAAGACUUCGACCGCUCGUAUUCUUGGGAGAAAAGGAAGACCAAGGAAAAGGGAAAGACAGGCCGCUGCCAGGGUACCCCAUGGGCCACAAGAUGAAGGCAAGAGCAGGCAUGGAUGGCGCAUACUACGAGCAAAUGAGAGAGGACAUCAUCGAACGAAGAGAUCUGCGAGAUGCGAGCGAGAGGGAUCUCAGUCGGGCAAAGACACACAAGUAG